GCUUGAUCGGCAACCACCAACUGCUUUUCCUCACUGUCUACCACGAUGGACUCGCUAUUCGCAAAGGCCGACGCGAUCAAGCCGCUCAACAAAAAGCGGCGCACAGACGGGCGCGACUCCCGUCCCAAGCCCGGUUCGUCAAAGAAACCCGCUGCUGCCCCCGCCGCAGACCCGACCGCCGCCUCCGUCUCUCAACACACUGCGCUCCCUCGCUCCCUGCGGCCAUCCUCACCUCCCCCAGAAAAUGCGAAGAAAUAUGGGCACAUCCACAACAAGAAGCUGCGCACGACGCUCACGCGCCAGUCCACGCAAAAUGCGCGCUCGCGGCUGCUCGUCAAGGACGCUGAACUUUUGCUCUCGGAGGAGGCGGGGCUCAUGGAGGUCGAGGGCGAGAUGGAGAAGACGUGGCGGGUGGGUCAGGACGAGGUCGCUGCGGCGGCGGGGCAGCAGGGCGCGCAGGGCCGGCAGGAGUGGAAAAUGGACGGCGGGCCGUAUCGCACACGGUACACACGAAACGGAAGGCAUAUAGCUGUGGUAGGGAAAAAGGGCCAUGUAGCGACUUUCGACUGGCAGACUGGCACGCUACACGCAGAGCUACAGCUAGGGGAGACCUGUCGCGACAUAACGUUCCUGCAGGACCAUUCUCAUUUUGCCGUCGCGCAGAGUAAAUAUGUCUUCAUAUACGACCGCGACGGCGUAGAGCUGCACAAACUCAAAUCGCACAUCGAGCCCACCCGCCUCGAGUUUUUGCCUUACCACUGGCUCCUCGUCAGCAUAGGCAACCCCGGGUAUCUCAAGUACCAGGACACGUCCACCGGCCAACUGGUUGUCGAGCACCGCACAAAACUAGGUGCAUGCCAAACUAUGUGUCAAAACCCCCACAACGCCGUCAUACACCUCGGGCACCAGAACGGCACCGUCACCCUCUGGACGCCCAAUCUCCCGCACCCCGCCGUCCGCCUCCUUGCUCACAUGGGCCCUGUUGCAAGCGUGUCCGUAGACCCUAGUACCGGCGGGCGGUAUAUGGCCUCCGCCGGGGAGGACGGUACGGUCAAAGUCUGGGACUGCCGGAAUUGGAAAGGUGCCGUCCGGACUUGGAACGCGAGAGGCGGCAGCGCCGAGCUCGAAUGGAGUCAAAAAGGCGCACUCGCCGUCGCGACGGGCGGCAGCGUAAACGUCUACGCGAAACCGGCCAUCCAGACGCCCUUUGCGCCCCACGUCGCGCCCCCGCUCUAUCUCACGCACGCCAUCCCGCACCGCCCGCUCACGUCCGUGCGCUUCUGCCCGUUCCAGGACGUGCUCUCCGUCGCGCACGCUGCAGGCGUCUCGAGCAUCCUCGUUCCUGGCGCGGGCGAGCCGAACUUUGACAGCGCCGAGGCGGACCCGUUCGAGAACAAGAAGGCGCGCCGCGAGCGCGAAGUCAAGGGUCUCCUCGACAAGAUCCAACCAGACGCGAUCACGCUCGACCCGUCCUUCAUCGGCUCCCUCGCCCCGCCGCCCGUGCUCAGCACCGCCGUGGACGGCGCGCACUCCAUCCCGUACGCGCGUCUCCCCCGCUACGAGCGGCUGCGCGCCUCCGGCAAGGCCGACGAGACCGAGGAAAGCGCCACACCCGACGGCGCGGUGAGCACGCAGUCGAAGGCGGAGAAGGAGCGGAACCGGAUGCGCGGGAAGAACAAGAGCAUGAAGCGCUACCUGCGCAAGCAACGCAAGAACGUCGUCGACCCGCGCGCGCUCGCGGUGAAGAAGAGUCUGGAGGGGGCGCGGGAGGCGAGACGCAAGGCGCGCGCGGUUUCCAGUGGGGAGGAGGGCCCGCAGAAGUACUCGGCGUUGGACCGGUUCAAGCGGGCGAGUUAGUUGUGGUAGGGAUGGCGUUUUUUGUAGCCCGGCUGCUUCGGGCUGUCUAUCCUGCCAAACAGUUUAA